UGCGCUGCAAGCGUACAUUGAGCCACAAGAAGAACGUGAAACCCGCUCCAAAGAAGAUGCCGCGGACCGAUGUCGGUGUUAAUUGAUCUGGUUAUUCUGUUGUAAGAAAAGGAAACACCACACUGCGGCAUAAUAUCAUUUUUGCCCCGCGGAGAGGAGGAUGGUGUGUGGGUUGUCAUAACUUUGGACUCGCUGCUUUUCCUUGACACGCGCACUGAUCCAGUUGGUGAGGAACAUGAGAACAUAUGAAAGCUGGUGGUUCCUUUUAACAUGAUUCUUCAAUAUUCCCAGGUAGAUUACCCUCUCGGCAACAGAUCCUUACAAGGCACCUGGACCUUCUUCCUUGAUACCUCUUUCUCCUGCGAAUGGCGGGGAUGAGGACCUUGUCGGUCGUCUGAAGUAAAUCCUUGUCGUUCGUCUCGUUAAAGAAAAAGUAUUCCUCCAGUACGUGGCAGCAGUUGCAGGGUCUCUGAUCCUGAGGAGAUGACGGAAGUGGUAGAGCCCAAGCUGGACUUUGCAUCCUCGGGUCGCUCGGGGAGAAGGAACGCCCUACCUGACAUCCUGGGGUCACCGGCUGGGGUCAACCCCACUGACCUUCCACUCAAACUGGCCGAGCUCAACCUCACAGAUGUUCAGGGAGAAGCCCAGUCUCCCACGGCGGAGGAGGCCCCACCCCCUCCAGAGAGCUCUGAGGAGAAUGAGGGAUCAUAAGGCUGCCUGGUGGGGGUCUAACUAGCCCCAAUGUUUACCUCUUGUGAGGCUGAUGAGAUAACUGUAGGAGAGGAAUGGAUGGGUAGGACGAUACAGAAAGACCCAUGAAGGAGUGGUGGGCCCGUUUGAACAGCAACUGAGCUGCAGACAGUGAGUGAUGAGCAGAGAAAGGGUGGGAGAGAAGGUUAGAAGAAUGGACAGAGAACCGUCUCUCACACAAUCUGAAAAGACUUAAGAAGAGCGUUGGUGUGUGUGCGGGUGCGGGUGGACAGAUCACCUCUACUCCCACACACACUGCCAUGAGAAACAAAGGACAUACGCUGAUUAUAUACUGCUGUGCAAAACGGAGAACUCUCAAUUGAAAAAAAAUGUCAAAUGUCCUGCUGAUGUCUAUAACAGGUCGGAAGAUGGGCGGAUCCUAGUGGCCUCUAGGGGUUCUGAGCUUUCUGGUUGUUCUGGAACAUAUAAGGGGAUAAUGUACUAGAAAUGUUUGAAGAACGAGGGGCGAGUGGGUUAACUGUAACAAGGGGCAGCUGGCUUCCUCUUUCACACAGACAUUUGAUGUAAGUAUGAAUUCCAAUCUGAGACUUUAAUGCGGAUGGCAGCGCAGUGUUGUACAGCAGAUAUGGGUUUAUAAACGUUGUUAGUGGUUUUGAUGACAACCAAUGGGGCUUUCAUGCUAAUGGGUUGAGAUGAAGACAAUGACUGAUGUGUUUGUGACCUGAAGUGUUGAUGUGUUUGUUUGCAAAGGUUAGCUAGAAGCUGAUGCUAAUGUUAUGAGUAGGUUGGACAAUCCAAUCCUUGUCUUUUAAACAUUCCUGACAUCAACCUAAAAUGGUUUCUCACUGCCAACCAUGUACUGUUAAAACACUCCUCUGCUGUUGGUGUAUUUCUAUCCCGGAUUCAUCCCAGCUCAGACUUUCUCUGUUUCCAUCUACGUGGGCCGGCACCCGUGUCUCACUGAACCAUGGCUCCAGUGGACCUGCACUCACUUGGAGCCGGAGCCAGGCCGCUGGUACUUCUCAGAUGGCAUUUACAUAACAAUGGCUCACUGUGAACUUUAACACCUUCUCACAAAGCUGCUGUUUGGAUUGAAUUCUGCUCUUCACAAGUCCUCAGUGUCAGCGCAAUAGCUAUGGAAACACACUGGCUAGAAUAACAUAAGGGUGUAUACACUCUUGUAACAUUGGUGUCAUGGUUGAAAAAAACAGCAUGUGACAACUGCUGUUGUGUUAAUCUAUUCAGCUCAAGGCUGUCUUUCGUUAAAAGGCUUUCUGUUUUCCCAGACUCCUCUGAAAUGUGCCUGGUAGCAGUUUACAUGGAAACUUGUUUUGUUGUGUUCUAUAGCUCUGUGUGAAGUGUUUUUCAACAGUAUUUGGGCCAUUGACACAUACAUGUAAACACCUAUUUUUUUUUUGUUGUUGUUGUUUAGUAGAAGACGUGCCGACCAGGUGUGUACAGCACAGAGAAAUGUCACAUUUCUAACCAGAGCACUACUAAAUGCAAUGUUACCGACGUAUACGCUCAAAGACGAAUACCACCCACGCCCACAGCACGGCCUUGGAGAUGGAACGCUUGUGCACAUGUUUCCCAGUGUGGUCGGCAUAUGCCUGUGGUCUGGGCAUGGGAGCCAAGCACCAAGCAACACCGCCACCAAAGUGUUGCAUCACGUCUGGAGAUGGCAGCAUCCUUUCUGCCUCCUUCUGCUCCACUCAGCCACGGAUGGACUGGGACCAUAAAUCAGCCCCGGCAUUUGUAACACACAGGCCCUUUUUUUUCCCUGGAGGCCCCUAUUGUUAGCCAAAUAAUGGUCAUUCUGCGUUAAAAAAACAACAACAAUUUAGACAAGCCCACUUGGCUAAAGAUGGACCAUCUGGCAUUUUCCCGAACUGCCCUAUGGCCAGUCCGUGCCUGCACUACGCUGCCGGUCUGAGAGGACUUCUAUCUCUUACUCAUCAAAACAAUAGAGCUAGAAAUGCAUGAUCGCAACUGACUGAUGAUACAGUUUGAAUAUGAACACUGAGAACCAGAUGCACGGUGAACAGAAGGACCGACAUAUACAGUACUUAGUAAUGCCAAUAUAUAUAUAUAUAUAUAUAUAUAUAUACUGUUUAACACAGUACAUAAUACCAGUUAUUACACUGCUGUUGUAUAUAUUAUGCUAUUACACAUGGAAGCGUUUAUUUACUAUAUGUACAUAUUCGUAUAGUGAAUAAACAUUCUCUAUACAACACAAGAGACUGAACAUUCUGUAUUAUCAAUCGUCUUUCUAUGAAAUGUUUGGGCUGUGGGUAUCUAUGUGUGGUUUUGUCUCAAACGCAAGCAGCUGAGGCUCUACUUCGUAAUGCACUGCACUGAUUACUGGAAUCGUUCAUGUGAUAACUCAAGGUAAAUGUUUAUUCUAUGGGGAGGGAAAAUCUGAGGUGUGUCUCGUAGUGUCAUCUGUUCUCAGUGGUGGUAUGUGCAGUACAUUUACGUUAGCAGAAUUCCACAUGUCGAUUCUGUCAGGUGGGUAGGCAACAUGCCAUAAUAAAUCCACAAAGCUUUCCCUA